AUGACGAAGCACUGUGCUAACAUUGAGAUACCACUAGGGAUUGCAUUCUCAGUAAGAGAUAUUUCUCAAUGGCGUGUGCCAGACAAAGAUGGACAUGUUAGCAAGUGGCCUGGUGACAAGAGGCUGUACGCAGAGGGGAAAGUACCUUCAGUCCUCGAGUACUAUGGCACUGAGUUUCGGUGGGGGGCCAUGGUGAAAGGUUGCAACGAGCAAUGCCCUUCUCUUUUUAAGCUCAAGCUUGAGGAAAACUUGGAUCAAACCAAGUUUCCUUAUUCAAUACUGAAUUCAAUAGCGAGUAACGGUGUCUUCUACCUACCAGACGGCAAGCAAGCUCGCGAUGUCAUACAAGACUAUCUCAAAGGAUUGUGGAGUUAUGCUGAAAAUGAAGUGUCGAAGGAAACCCGUCAGAGAUUAAGCAAGCUUCCGAACUCCAACCAGGUACCGGUUCACUACAUCAUCACAGUCCCAGAUUUCUGGACAAAGAAAACCCGCGAUCUGAUGUCGCAAAUUGUCUGUGAUGCUGGAUUACCGAAGUCCGAGGGAGAUAGGUUAACCGUUAUUCCCGAGCCAGUAGCGGCAGCCGUCAAGAUACUAUCUGACUUACCCAAGAACACGGUAAUGCAAAAUGACGCCAUACUUGUAUGUGAUGUUGGCGGCGGAACGGUUCUUUCUGGCUACAUAUGGCACCAACGUCACCAAAAGUGGCUGCUGAUUCCUUGCCUCUUCAAGGAUGUGGGGUCAGUUGUCAUUCUUUCAACAGGGCACAGACGUUACAUUCGACAGCCCCGGCCUGUCGGAGAAGCGGAGUUUUACCGCACAAUGGAGGAAAGAUUUAAGCACGCAUUCAGGAACAAGCCUUUGGAGAAAAUCGGUCCAAAUAGCCCGCUUAUCCACGCUUUUCGGGGUCACCUACAGAGUUUCACGACCGAUGAUGCGCAAAUUCAGGGUUCGAGGUUUCGUGUACCUCUCCCAAUGGAAUUAAACUUUCAUAAUCCUGGCAUCUAUGAUCGUGCUAGAGGACAAAUCGUGCUGACCACUGAAGAUUUAAAAUCAUUCCUUGACCCUGUAGUCAAGGUGGCUGCUCGCCUCAUUGGAGCCCAGGCUGGUGUCGUGGCCAAAGCCGGUUUUGGCAACUUGUUGAAGCACGUUUACUUAGUCGGAGGCGGAGCAAAUAAUGGCUAUGUUAGAGACUCAAUUGCCACCGAUGUGCUGAGCCAGUGUGGACUGACCGUCCUUACUCCCGCCAGGCCACAGCUAGCAGUUGUCUACGGAGCCGCAGCCUUUGGCCAGAGAGACACACUGUCAAUCCACCACUGCCCGAUCCACAUCGGGCUAUGUGGUAAUCAGCUAUACAUUGGACAAAAUGUCCCCAUACGAGACCCUGUGGACGGUACUGUGUGGUGUCUGAAGGGUGAGAAGUAUGACGAGGGCCCGGUGCGAACAGAGGAAUUCAUCGAAUAUUUCCUCAACGGUGCCACACCAGCCACCCGUUACAUGUCCGUAUACCCAUCCGGCGCUGAAAUCCCACCCCGAACCGUCGAAGGUUUGUUCUCUAAGGGUGCCAUUGAAAUUCGAUUCGGGGACGUUCCAGUAAAGAAGAGGGAGAACAGAACAAUCAACAACCAGAUGCAGUGCAGGGUUCGUUACAAAGUUACCACCACUUUCCUCCCUAUUGAGAACCAGAUUGAGUUCGAGGCAAAACUUGACAAUCAAGUGAUUGGACGCCUCACCAUUAACGUUCCGUAUUCUUAA